UUUUCAUCUUUCUCCCCACUGCACUACACUAUUCUUCUUUCACAUUUGCUCUCUCUCUCUCUCUCUCUCUAGCCUCUACCUUUUUAUUUUUUUUUCCCCCAUUUCUUGCUUAAAAUACCCAAGAAUUUCUCUGCAACCAAAAAAGAAUUAAUCAUGUCAGGUGACAAACCUAAAGAUUCUGCUGAAGGGUCUUCGCGAUCCAGCGGUGAUCAUCAUCAUCAGCAGCAGCAACUUCCUCAACCGGCACCGUUGAGCCGGUACGAGUCGCAGAAACGGCGAGACUGGAACACUUUUGGACAAUACUUGAAAAACCAGAGACCGCCAGUUUCACUUUCGCAGUGUAACUGUAACCAUGUUCUUGAUUUUCUUAGGUAUCUUGAUCAGUUUGGGAAAACUAAGGUUCAUUUACACGGAUGUGUGUUUUUUGGACAACCAGACCCUCCUGCUCCUUGCACUUGCCCUCUAAGGCAAGCUUGGGGUAGCCUUGAUGCCCUAAUCGGACGGCUUCGAGCUGCUUACGAAGAGCAUGGAGGAUCACCUGAGACUAAUCCUUUUGGAAAUGGUGCUAUUCGGGUUUAUUUACGCGAAGUAAGAGAGUGUCAAGCUAAAGCUAGAGGAAUUCCCUAUAAGAAGAAAAAGAAGAAGAAGAAUCAAAUCAAGCCUAGAGAGGAUGCUAAGCCCUCCAUGCCACAGCCAGCUUAAUAUAUUACUUGAUCCCUUGGCUUUUGCAGUUAAAUGGAUCAGACACAGAAUAGGUCAGUCGAAUGGGAAGGUCAUUGAAAAGGCAAAAAUGUUCGAUAUUUCGAUUUGUCUCGUACUUAUAUAUAGGUGGGUAUUAGCUAGCUAAGUUCUCCUUUUGCAGAUAUAAUUAUAUAUAUAUAUAUAUAUAUAUA